AUGCUACGAUGCUGUCUCUUCCUGGUCCAGAAACUACCUCUCUCUAUUGAGAAAACGAAGGUGGUACACCUCAGUUCUAGAAAAUGUUCCAGGGAUGAUCACUUUGAGUACCGUAUUGACGGUAAUGGUAUCCGAACCGUCGAUGGGGUUGUUGAUUUAGGAUUUAUGGUCAAACCGGAUCUUUCUUUUGAUAGUCAUUGUGAGAUGAUUGCCGGUAAAGGGCUCAAUGCCGUUCAUAGACUAUUCAGAGCUCUGACUACUAGGAAUCCCUCUGUACUACUUCAAGCCUUCAAGGUUUAUGUAAGGCCUCUGGUGGAGUACGGCACUGUUGUGUUUAGCCCACACAAACGCAAGAUUAUCGACAAAAUUGAAAAAGUUCAGAACAGUUUCACGAGGAAACUGAUGAUCAGGGUGGUUGGAUUUAUGUACGACAGCAUUCCCUCUGCUGCAGAACGUAAUGCCAAUUUCGGCCUCCGUUCACUUUGCUGGCGUAGGAAAAAGUUCGAUCUCCUAACCUUCCACAAGGUUCUCACGGGAUCUCACUGCCUUCACCCUAGUACCUUUUACACCAUCAGAGCUUCCACUACCAGAAAUGGUCCGUUCAAACUGGUUCCUUCCAAAUCUCGACUGAACUGCCGUUCGCACUUCUUCGUUAAUCGCGUUCACCCCCUUUAUUUCGCCCUUAGCAAAAAGAAAAGCAUACCUAUCAGUUCCUCGAGUUUCAAAAAAUAUCUUAAUGAGUAUCUAGAGCCAUGA